GGCAGAGCGCCGAGCGGCCCCAGCCGGUCCCGGGGGGCGGCGGGAGCAGCCGCCCGGCGGGCGGCCCCCUCUGCGUAGCCCGGCUCGGCAUGUCCCGCGGCGGCCGGCGCUGAGCGGGCGGGCGGGCGAGCGAGCGAGCUCCCUGCCUCCGUCCUUCCCCGCCCGCCGCUGGCGGCAGCCCCCCGCCGGCGCUGCGUGUCUGCCUGCCCGCUGCCCAGGCCGGGCGGAGGACGGGAAGAUGGACCCCGGCCCGCCGCCGGGCUACAGCCUCAAGGAGGUGAAGUGGAGCGCCGUGGCCGUCCCCCUGGACCUGCUCGUCAGCACCUACCGGCUCCCCCAGAUCGCCCGGCUGGACAGCGGAGAAGCUGUAGAAGGCCUUCGAGAGAGCGAUUAUCUUCUGAUUCAUUCAUGCCGACAGUGGACAACAAUUACAGCUCACAGUCUGGAGGAAGGUCACUACGUCAUAGGGCCAAAGAUAGAAAUCCCUGUACAUUAUGCAGGGCAGUUUAAGCUGCUGGAACAAGACCGAGAUAUUAAGGAGCCAGUGCAGUAUUUUAACAGUGUGGAGGAGGUGGCUAAAGCAUUUCCUGAACGAGUUUACGUCAUGGAGGAAAUAACAUUCAACGUUAAGGUGGCUUCAGGUGAAUGUAAUGAAGACACUGAGGUUUACAACAUUACACUUAGUACUGGGGAUGAGCUCACUUUAAUGGGGCAAGCAGAAAUCCUUUAUGCAAAAUCUUCUAAGGAGAAGUCACGACUCAACACCAUCUUCAAAAAAAUUGGGAAACUUAAUUCAAUUAGUAAAUUAGGCAGAGGCAAAAUGCCCUGCCUCAUCUGCAUGAACCACAGGACCAAUGAAAGCAUCAGUCUCCCUUUCCAGUGUAAGGGUAGGUUUAGUACUCGCAGCCCAUUGGAGGUGCAGAUGCAAGAAGGUGAGCACACAAUUCGCAAUAUAGUAGAAAAAACCAGGCUGCCUGUUAAUGUAACUGUGCCAAGUCCUACACCAAGAAAUCCUUAUGACCUGCAUUUUAUCCGGGAAGGGCACAGAUAUAAGUUUGUCAACAUUCAAACCAAGACUGUGGUGGUUUGUUGUGUGCUUCGUGGCAACAAAAUUAUUCCAAUGCAUUUUCCCUUGCACUUGACACUUCCAAAAUUUACCCUACCUGACAGUCUCGUGAAGGGGGAGCUGUGGCAUGAAUCCCUCAUCCAGCACUGGUUUAAUAUAUGCCAGGAACAGUUUGACAUAGAUGAGUAUUCCCGUGCCGUGCGAGAUGUGAAAACUGACUGGAACGAAGACUGCAAGAGCCCGAAGAAAAGUCGAUGCACUGGGCACAGCCAUGUGCCAAAUUCCCUGAGCUAUGCCCGGGACGAACUUACGCAGUCCUUCCAUCGGCUGUCAGUGUGCGUCUAUGGAAACAAUUUGCAUGGGAAUAGUGAAGUGAAUCUUCACGGUUGCAGGGAUUUGUGUAAUGAAUGGGCCCUGUUUUCCCACGAUGCUCUUCAGUACCAGGAUUCUGGUGACAGUAGCAGUGAUUAUCUUUUUCCUGAAGUUAGCGAAGAUUCAAUGUUUCUACCUACAAAACCAGAACUUCCUUAUGAAGAGCUGUGGUUGGACCAAGGAUCUGGAAAGCCUGGGGACCAACCUCUUACUCGCUCACUAAGUGAAAAGAACAAAUGUGACAAUUACAGGGGCUCUUUCCGAUCAAAAUGUGGUACCGCACCUCUUCCUGUGCCUGGGACUAUCGGAGCAACAACCAAGUCUUCAGAAGUUUCCCUACCUCCACCUCCAGUGCCUCCCAAAUCAGAAGCAGUGAGAGAGGAAUGCAGGCUCCUGAAUGCUCCCCCAGUUCCACCACGGAGUUCAAAGCCGUCCUCUUCCACCAGUCCCUCCAUUCCUCCUCGCACAGUCAAACUGCCACGGCAGCAGACCCGUUCACCUAGCCCCACUCUGUCCUACUAUUCUUCAGGACUGCACAACAUCAGUGUCACAGAGAAUGACAACACAAACACAGCUGAGAGCACACCUGUUUCCUGCUACCCUUGUAACAUGAUGAAAACCGAAUCCAAAGAGCCUGAUAGCACAUUGCCUUUUGGAAGCCCCUCAGCAGAAGUUUUUUCUUGUAGGUUAUCAUGGCCAAACCAUUUUUCAGGAACUGCUGAAGGCCUAAACAGAAACGAUUUCCUGCUAGAUCCAAGCAGGAGCUAUAGCUACCCCAGGCAGAAGACUCCAGCCACACCAAAGAGAAACUGUCCAGCAUCUUUUACUUUUGACUUUGAUGGAUGUGAGCUCCCUGUGGGGUACUCUCCACUGACGCCAGCAGAGUUUACUAACACCAUCUCUAGCUGUCCAAAGUCAGCCAGUUACUCACUAGAAUGCACUGAUGAGAAAACUCUGGCGGUCAGCGACGCAAAGCAGAGUCAUUCGUGUCCUGCCUUACCUCCUCGGGCGCCUAAAACAAGUGAAGAGAAACCUGCUUUAGACACCUGUCCUUUACCACUAAAAAUAGACGGUGCCGAGGAGGAAUCCAAAACUGAUUCACCAGACAUCUUGGAAGAUCAGUAUCCCGUUAAAAAGGGCAUGCAGGACACUCUCUCUGUGUCUUAUCCUUUCUCGUCUCCCCUCCACCUCCAGUUAGCACCAAGGUCUUGUGGGGAUGGCUCUCCCUGGCAACCACCCACAGAUCUUUCUGGACUCUCAAUAGAGGAAGUGUCUAAAUCGCUGAGGUUUAUUGGUCUAUCAGAAGACGUCAUAUCAUUUUUUGUUACAGAGAAGAUUGAUGGCAAUUUACUGGUUCAGCUUACAGAAGAAAUCCUUUCAGAAGACUUUAAGCUAAGCAAAUUGCAGGUUAAGAAAAUACUGCAGUUCAUUAACGGCUGGCGGCCAAAAAUGUGAUGCUGACUGGUUUUUAAUGAAACUGUAUGAGGUGUGCUAGAUACACUUCAGCUAAUUCAUUACUUCCUGUUUUUUGCACUAAAAGUCCUUCCUGUAAAUAGUAGUAGAAGAAUUCUUACUAUGCAGACAAAAGUUUCUGAGUGGUGAACAAAAUUUUUUUUUUUAAUGUCAAUAAUAAAGGUAGAGAAUCUGCAGAGGUGUGCCUUGUGCAUCCCUGAACAUUCAAUAGCUGCUAAAAACUGGACAUUAAGGGAAUUUUUACUCUGUAGUCUGUUAAAACAUAGUCAUAUUUAUUACUGCAUAAUUUGAUGCUGAAAGACACACACCAAUCCAGUUUACAGUUUUGUGUUAACUGCAAAAAAUGUAUUUCUUAAGGGGUUAUUUCUGUUCAAGUAAUGUUUGGCAACAUGCUGUGACUUUUUUGUUGUUUUUCUGUUAACAAAAAGCAUGUUCAGAUACACAAAAACAUCUUUUUUUUUGACACUACAUCUGAAAAUGUUAAGAAUUGCUGUGAAUGCUACUAAUACACUAUUCUUGCAGCAUAUUUUUUAUUAAAAGUAUCUUCCUGACUACCUGUAAUAUGGAUACAUUUUCCAUGUUACUUCGAGCAAAAAUAGGUAAAUAUUUUAAAACAGAAUUCUUGUUUAGUUCAUUACCCUAAGGGGAGGGAGAAGGGGGGAUUUUCCUACUGAGCCACUCUGCCCUGGCCAAUUAAAAGUUUAUGACCUGUAGAUUUCAAAAGCUGCUUUUGUAGUCAGAUGGCUUGAGUAAGUAGCAUGACUUCUAAUCGUGCGGCUUUCUCGUGAGAAAAGGAGUUCACAAACUAUCCAUCAGCAGAUGCUGCCUGUCGCAGCCGUGAGCGUGUCAGUCAGAGGCGACAGCUUGUUCAGCCAGCUCCAGUUGCCCUCCUCUGGCAAAAGGAAACGCAUUGUGUUUCCUCUGCUGUGGUUACGAGCAUCUGAAAAUGUGCUCGUUGUCCUAUUCUGUUCCUGCGGUCGGAUCUGUGUAGGCAGGUGAUAGUACUCCAGUGAGAUGCCCUUGAAAUCAAAAAUUAAGGAGAUGGAAAAGAACAGAAGAAGCACAUGCAGUGCAGAUGAGAAGAGGCCAAAUGAGAGUUCGCGCCUUGUCUCUGGAAAUGUUGGAGAAGUUUGAAAUUUCACCUGCCUUGUUUGUAGUGGCCAAGGAGGAUGUAGAUUGUCGCUUAGGGUAUCAAAGUGGAAGGGACUGUAACCUCUUAGGAUGUUCUAAUACAACUGCUGAAUUGCAAAAACUUGCUGCAAUAAAUGUUGCACAGAAAUAACAGUCAAAAGUGAGUACAGAGAUAGGAAAGAGGUACUCUUUGAGCCCUUUCAAAUUUAGGUGCUAAGAAAGCUAGAAAUACAAUAACUCUCAAUAAUCUGUUACUGGUUUCCUGUGGCUGGUAGAGCUCUUAGAAAUGUGUGAGUACGAUACACAAGGAUUUGUGGAGGUCCUCAGAAAUCAGUCUGUAGUCUCCAUCCUCUGCACCUGCACUAGGAGGAUUCUUGGGAGCCAGCACUAGAGAUGCUGGAGCAGCAUCAUGCUGUUCUGGCCCUUUCGCCUGCUGAGCAGAGCCCUGGCUGGAGUUAAACUCUCAUCUGCAACUUUUGCAGUAUAAAAAAUCUCCCUCCAUUGUAGAGUGCAGGAUGCAGAGCAUCAAGAGAAAACAGAGAGCAGGGGACAAAAAUGGGAAGCUAAUUUUGCCUGUUUUCUCAACAGUGUUGACUCAUUGAAAAAAAAAAAAAAAGAAAGAAACACACCUGCAAAUGGAGCUUUCUGUGACCUUGGCAAAUUUCACGUCAUGUGUCCAUGUCAAAGCGAAGGUUUGUUACUUGUCUUUCAAUAAUGCAUACCACCAGUUCCCAAGCAGAAAGUAAAGUCCAAUUGAUAUGGGUACUAGACAGAAGUGAGUCAAAAAGUAUCCCAGUAGAAAUCCCAAACAUUCAUAAUCUUUCUCUUAAUGUACUGACUUUUAGCAAUAGAUCAAUAGCUAUUUUCAGACUUUUUUACUAAGCAUCUUAAACUAUUUUAACUACAAGCAAGACUAAAUCAAAUUUAAGUACUGUUCAGAUGUGUGUACUUGUUGCAUAUGCAACUUAGAAUCACUGCUUUUUGACCCAAAUGAAUAUUCAGCUUUGAAAGGGCGAAAUUUUAAACAUCAAGUGUCUCUAUUUUACUUAAAUCAUUAAUUCUGUGGAGAAAGUAUAUAUAAAAGAGGAGAUUGCAAUCUUAAAUAUUUCCAAGAGCCCCAGGAUAUUAGUUUCCCUCAGAAAAUAGUAUUCUUUGACUGUGGAUGGAUUCUUAUCUCAUUCUUUCUACUUUAUCUGCUUGGAAUGAUUGUUGUUGCAAACAGCCUGGUGGAAUUUGCAUUCAUGUGUUUGCUGCAUUUAGAUUGUGUAUUCAUAGACCAAAAUAGAACUGGCCUGUAAAAGGGUACAGGAGUGUGUAAUGAUUUCAGAAGCAGGUCAUAUAUACCAAACAACAGCUUAAACCUCUAGACUGCAAAGUGUACGGGGAAAACUUAAUGUCCUCUCAAUUGUCUUACUCUGAUUUGACACUGCUUGCCUAUUUUAUGCGUAAUAUGUAGUGUUUGACCUUUCCUUUGCCCUUGGCAACUCAUCAGCUUAAUUUUCGAAGCCUUUUCUAGUGGUUGAGGUAUUUCUUACUUCUGUAUUGUGUGAAUGAUAUGACGGCAGCAUUGAGCCACCUGCUGUGGUGCCCAGGAUGGACUUAAGUGUCUGCUCUCAUAUAGCAAGAGAGUGAUGAGCAAACCAGCCAGCCUGAUGGCGUGGCUUGCGCCUCUCCACCAUCUGGGAAGGGAGCCAGGAUACAGCAGCUGUGGGACCCAAGGGAUCUAAGUUACUCACGUUUCUCUUUAGCUUAACUGCCGUGGUGGUAGGUGGUCAGGUCCGCCAUUGGUGCUGUAGAAGGCAGUCUGAAUCCAGCAGACUGAUUUAAGUGGACCAGUCUGACCAAAAGUCCCUGGCAUUAAUGGGAUGGUAGCACUUCUGAAAUGGGGCAGGAGCAGAGAAGUCCUUUCAGCCUUAGGAGAGUACUAGUGGUCUCUUUAGAAAGAUGAGAUUAGAGACUUAAAUCUUUAAAGGACUGCAAAAUGCUACACUGCUUAUGGUUUUUCAAGAGGGAGAGCUUCUUUAAUGUUCCCCCAGGGAGUUACUUUAAUGGUCCCACUGUGGGUCAGACUCCGCUGGGUGCAGUCUUGUUCAACUUACUCAUUAAUGACCUGGAUGAGGGGACAGAGUGCCUCCUCAGCAAGUUUGCUGAUGAUACCAAACUGGGAAGAGUGGCUGAGACACUAGAAGGUUGUACUGCCAUUCAGAGGGACCUGGACAGGCUGGAGAGUUGGGCAGAGAGGAACCUCAUGAAGUUCAAUGAAGGCAAGUGCAGGGUCCUGCACCUAGGGAAAAAUAACCCUAGGCACCAGUACAGGCUGGGGCUGACCUGCUGGAGAGCAGCUCUGCAGAGAAGGACCUGGGAGUCCUGGUGGGCAGGAAGUUAAUCAUCAGCCAGCAAUGUGCCCUUGUAGCCAAGAAGGCCAAUGGUAUCCUGGGGUAUAUUAAGAGAAGCGUUGCCAACAGGUGGAGGGAGGUGAUCCUGCCCCUCUACUCAGCCCUGCUGAGGUCACAUCUGGAGUACUGUGUCCAAUUCUGGGCUCCCCAGUACAAGAGAGACAUGGCACUAUUUUUGAGUGGUACCCAGUGACAGGACAAGAGGCAAUGGGCACAAACUGAAACACAGGAAGUUCUGCCUGAAUAUAAGCAAGAACUUCUUUACUGUGAGAGAUGGAGCACUGGCAUGGGUUGCCCAGAGAGGUUGUGGAAUCUCCUUCUCUGAAAAUAUUCAAAACCUGCCUAGACAUGAUCCUGUGCAAUGUGCUCUAGAUGACGCUGCUUGAGUAGAGGGUUUGAUGGGACGAUCUCCAGAGGUCCCUUCCAACCUCAACCAUUCUGUGAUUAGAAAUGUCUGAAAGCUCGGGAAUGUCCCCAUGAUAGGAACUUUGUGCCCGCUGAAGUCAAUAGGAGAAGGUAGCACUCAGCAUUUGAUAGGACUUGCCUUCAGUGAAUUUAGAGCAUGUGGCACUUUGUGUCAUUUGUAGCAGGUCUGCCUUGUAAUUUCACAUCUGUUUUUAAGGGUGACAGUCUGUGAUUUGGGAUAUUACUAAUGACUGAGUGUACUCACAUAAGUUGCUGAAAUAUUUUUGAAUCUAAAGAGGUUGCAGAUUGUGGCCUUUUAGUGUUUGGUCUGAAUGAUGCAGUUAGCCAGAUAAUUUAUUUUGAAUGCAAGCAAGUUUGUGUUGGACAGACUUCAGUUUGGUCAUUUACAAGUAGUACUUGCUCUUUUUCCUAACUAUCCAGUGGUUUAUUAUUGGCCUCAGAGACCAUCUAUGCUGCUUGGUUACACCUGUAUUAGUAAUCUGAACAGCAGUAGGAUGUGGGUGCUCUCUCAUGGUAGUCUACUGUUGUCAGACUGUUAGUGUGGGCACUUGCAUGGUUUUGGUUCAAAUGAAGCAAUCUGUGUAACAAGAGAUCCCAGACAGCUCCCAGGCACAGUUCAGAAGGUAGCAAUGCCCAGCUGUUCCCAAAUAGCGAGUUGGAUGAAAUCAGUCUUGUUUUGAAGAGUAACGGAGUUUAACCAUGUAGAUGUGAGCUGUCUUGGUUGUCCUUGGGACCUGAGAAAAGUCUCUGGCCCAUUUUAUUUACUAAUAGAGGUGUAGCCAUCGAGUUCAGAGAAUGUGCGUCAUGCAAGAGCGAGCCUAAAACGCUUUACUUUUCAGAGACACUCUGCUAAAACAGGUUAGUUCUAACCCUGACUUUCUUUUCUCGUGUUAAAUAAAUGUAAGGCCUCUGGUGUUUAUUUAGUUAUCAGUGUUUGAAGUUGUGUGUUGUCAUUGGGGUUUUUGUUUGUCUGGGGGUUUUGGUAGCAGAACAUCUGGAAUGUUAUUAUGCGUGGAGUUGUCUUUUUAUCUUGCACCAGGAAAUAUAUGCUUUCUAUGCAACAUUCACAGGGCACAAGUACAGAUGUUUCCUUAAGCUUUGAAAACUGGAUUCUAGCACAAGGGCUUUUAUGGAGGUGGUAAUAGCAUUGGCAAGGGGAGGGAUGAGGAAACGACUUUGGGGGAAACGGUAGUUUCCUCUAAACACUCUUUGUGCCUAGGAUUAAGACUCUUCUGUAUUGCUGCCUCUCUGGCUAACCAAAGUUGUAUUGAAAUCAACUCAAAGUGCAGAUUUGCAUUCGUAUUCUUGCUGUAUUAUAAAAAUAGCUUAGGGCUAGAAAUUUAGAGACAGAAAACAUUUGGUCCAUCCAAAAUUAGAAGGAAAAUGUAUUUUGAAGCGUUCCUUGCAGCUAGAAGCAAGGGAUUGAAGUAACUAUAUUACACGGGUUUUUUUCCAAUACAACAGUUUUACUUGCCACUUUAAUUGACAUUAUUCCACAAUAGCAGCUUCAAGAGAUGCAGUGUACAUAGCAAUACUGUUUCAAAACCACCAUAUUUCAAAUCCGUCUAUAAAUACUUGAAGUGUUUUCUCCUGUGUUUUCUUCUUGAAUCAACUCCUGGAUUGUCUCCAUGCGAAAUAAAGUGUGCUGGCACCAGUUAUUUGCAUGCUGGUAGUGACCUGAGUGCAUGUGGGAAAGUCGAGGCCAUCGUGCCCUGUAGGUGCCUGUGUGCAAUGCAGGUCAGCAAGCUGUUGCCUGUGGGAGCACACCACACCAGGUGAAAGCCAAACGCCAGCCCUCCGGGAAAGGACAAGGGCUUAGCCCAGCUCUCCUGCCUCCUCUCUUUGAUGCUCUGAAAGUUGCAGUGUUCCCAAGAACUGGAAAGUACAAACGAAAUCUUAAUCAAAGUGAGGGACUGUCCAUUUUAUUUCUGCUAUUAGGGACAUCAGGGCGGUAAGCAAAUUCAGACCCCUGUUGAGGCCUAGCAAUAAAUGACUCUAGUUUGUUCUGUCUUAAACUCCUAGUAAUCCAGGAGUUGUAGAGAUUUUACCAUUUUUGUGCAUAAUAACCAAAUUUUCAGAGUAAAAAUCUGCAGAGUGAUUCUCUUGACUUGGACAAUCUUCUGAAUUGUAUUAAAAAUAAGAAUAUUUGUUAGUUCUUAGCUCUUUAGAUUCACUUUGGAUAGGUCAAAAAAGUAACUUUGGGGGGAGAAAAAGAGAAAGCCCCAAAACUUCAGCUUAGUACAUUUCCGUUAUAACACAAAGCAUGUUUUUUGUUUAAUUCUGUGCUGUUUUGGACUUCUCUGUAAAAGGCUGAAGGCGGAUUGUUUAAACCAGGUGCAAAUAAAUAUCCUUGUAAUGUAUAUGAACAAAUUUUAACCGUGUAUUGUAAGUAUAUAAACUGUAUAUUAAAGACACUAUUUUCAUGAUA